AUGGAAGAAAAUGCCGGACAUGGAGAAAUAGCGCGCACUCUCGUGCGGCCAACAAGGCUUCUUGGCUCCAGCUGGGUUCAAAAUUCCUUGGCGUUUCCUGGGCGGUCCGCGUCGUGUUCCGCGGUUUUCAAGGGCAUGACAGGUCCAAUUCCUUUCCUCCACUCCUUCUUCCGCAGCUUCUGCGUCGGCUUCCUCCUUCUGCCACCGAGCUACGGAGCGACGGAGCUACGCAUCUCGGAGGUGUCGGAGUUCUCCACGGCGGAGGAGGGUUGUUUGACGCCAUGGCUGGAGUUAGAACACUUCGGAGCAAGCCCACUGGACCUUUCUGGGGCGAUUUUAUGUGGCCAGGACUCUUGUAGUGGUGCUUCUGAGAGUUACACCUUCCCAGCUGGCAGCCUCCUUCCAGCUGCCUCACGUGCCGUCUUGUGCCAGCAAUUUACGUUUCCCCUCGGUGGCUUGGAGGCGUCCAUUGUGACCCUGGAAGAUCCUGGAGGUCAGCGCUUGGCCACGACAGGCUGGAUGCCCGGCUGUACCGUGACGACGAGCAUCAUGUCAUGCACCGAUCGAAUCUUCAGCGAAUUUGCGCGUGAGCAGAAGGUCUCCUAUGGCCGGUAUUUGGAUCAAACGGGCUUUUGGAGAUAUGGUUUUCUGCAUCCACCCACACCAGGAGAAGAGAACAUCUUGAACUGCUCCAACGGAAGCUCUGGAAGCUGCAGCUAUGUCCCUGAGCACAUUUGGAACGUGACCUGUGCGGAUUCCUAUUCUGAGAGCUUUGAGGGGAAUGAGGCCCUCUGCCUGGCAUCUUGCUCGGAGGACUCCAGGUGCAACUUCUUUUGGGUGAAUGAGAAUGGCAAGUGCAGCAAGUUCGAGGUGUGUGACGACGUCCGGGCGGUGGUGUGGGCGUUUGACGGCAAAGAGACGAGAACGACCACCUGGCGAAAGCUCGUGGGAGCAGUGCAGAUCUGCAUCUUCGAGCGAGCGGGCAAAGGAUCGAAGACCUUGGAAAAGAAUUCUGACAGCAGCAUGAUCUUCCGAGAGGAGGAAGGCAAGACUUUGCUGGUUCCUUUGCAUCCCAAAAGCAGCUCGAAGGAGCUGCGCAAAUUCACCGUUGAGGAGGUGGCCAAGCACAACACUCGAGACAGUUUGUGGAUCAUUGUCGACAACAUGGUCUACGACACCACGAGGUACAUCGACAAGCAUCCCGGUGGCCCCUUGAUGCUAGAGAACAUGGCCGGAAAGGACUGCACGGAUGCUUUUGCGAACUACCAUACCGCGCGCGUUUACAAGCAGCUGCUGCCCCCCAUGCUGAUUGGGGAGGCCACGGAUGUGACGGUGCCUCCCCAUGUACAGGAUUUUCGGGAGGUGCGGCAGGAACUUUUGCGCCGCGGGCUUUUUGAGACAGACAUGCGCUUCUAUGCCAAGAUGGGUGCAUGGCUCCUCUCGCUGUUUUUGCUCUCUUUGUACCUGUCCAUAGGAUGCACCUCCACGCGGUCGCACAUGCUGGGCGCGGCCGUCAUGGGACUCUUCUGGCAGCAGCUCGCUGGGAUUGGCCACGACAUGGGCCACAGCGCCAUCAGCCACAACUUUCAUUUGGACCACAGUAUUUGCUCUUCAUUGGUCGCAUUUAUGGGCAUCUCCGUCUGCUGGUGGAAGAGGAAUCACAAUACCCACCACAUCGUUUGCAAUUCGAUUGAGCAUGACCCAGACAUUCAGCACUUGCCGGCCAUCGCAGUGAGCCCAGAGAUCUUCAAAAAGCCGUUCUGGAGCACCUACUACAAUGAGCUGAAGGCCAUGGACUCGGUGGCCCGAUUCUUGGUGAGCUUCGAGCACAUCUUCUUUUAUCCGAUCAUGAUGGUCGCACGCUUCAACCUCUAUGCUCAGUCUCUCAUUCAGCUUUGCGCCAAGGAGUAUUUGCACUAUCGUAAGACGGAGUUCGCGGCCUUCGCCGUUUACUUCGCAUGGAUCGGUGCGCUGGUGAGCUCCCUCCCGACCUGGGGGGAGAUAUUUGGCUGGCUACUGGUGAGCCAUGCGGUGUCCGGUCUGCUGCACGUGCAAAUUUGCUGCUCCCAUUUUUCGAUGGAAAAGUACCAUGGCCAUGCCUACAACGAUGCAACGGAUGAGUGGUACAUCACACAGUUGAAGACCACGAUGAACUUCGACACGCCCCCAGUGCUGGAUUGGGUUCAUAUCGGCCUUCAGUUUCAGAUUGAGCACCACCUUUUUCCACGACUUCCUCGACACAACCUCCGCGAAGCAAGAAGCUUGGUGAAGGAGGUGUGUCGAAAGCACAACAUCCGCUACCACGAGCCGGGCUUCUUUCAGGCCAAUAUCGAGACCCUGCAGUGCCUUUGGCAUACCGCGAAGGCCGCACGGCUGACCAAGAAGGGCGACAGUGGAUUUUACGAGAGUAUCCUCUGGGACGGAUUGACGCUCAAUGGCUAA